CCAAUCACGGAACAAAACAAACCAGAGACCGACAGCUGGGGGCGAGCGGACAAUGUUUGAGGGAUUUUCGUGCUUUUUGAGUACAUCAGUGAAAACAGCAUCCAGGACAGAUGGCUGUGGUCCGGUCUGAAGCGGGAUCCGCACAGAAUGCUGAGGCUGAGGAGGAGAUCCAUACAGCCAUGCUGUGGUCCAUCCAGGAGGCCGUUCACAGGCAGACGGUGCAGAUCGGGGUCUCUGCGUGCGGUGCGACCGCAGUUGUGGAUGUUCUGCAAGCGCUGGGCAUCACGGUCACACCAGACACAGUGAACCGCUGCGUGCGGACGUCUCUUAGGAAGAACGAGGCGCUGCUGCCUGAUUAUUUGCUUUCAAGGAGCAAAGCUGGUGCGACACACCAGCAGCUGAUAGACGGAGCCGAUCAGGCCAGCGGGGGUCGAAUAUUGGGGCGAUUUUUUAACCUUUAUCCCCGGCGGAGGGUGAAGUUGGUGCCAUGGUUGGCACGUUGGAUACUGCGCGGAGCCGUACCUGUGGCCACCAUGAACAUGCAGCGGGCGGUGCCCGAAGGAGAGGAGAUUCCUGACGCCUGGCACCACCAGCUGAUCUUUGGUGUGGGACCAGGCGCAGUGUUCAUGACCAACCCUCUGGAUGUGGUGAGUGAAGAGGAGGUUCAUGAGCGUCUGUGCAGCGAGUCAGUGCUUCUCAUUCGCCGUGGGGAUGUUCUCAAAAGACUGACUCGUGAUGUUCCGCUAUCACAGAUCUCAGAUCGGCAUCCAGACUCGCAAUGGAAGACAUUAAAUGUAGAGGGUCAAGUUAGAAGGAUGAUCAGUGAAGAAGAGCAGAAUGAUGAAGCUCAACCCAAGAUGACACAUCUGAUCAUUCCAGCGGCGUACAGCUCUGGCAUCACUUUGUUCGCUCUCAGAGACACUGAUGUUGGUCAAGAACUUCUUAACAACCCAGAACUUCCUCUUCUGUGAUGCAUCUCAUACCUGCCAUUGGCUACUUUCUAACUUAUUGUUGACAUGAAUUCAAUAUUUAUAAUGUCUGCUUUUAAUAGUCCUUUUGUUUGUGAAUGUUUAUGCUGGGUUUUGCGCAGAUUAAGAGUUCAUGUUUACAUCAUGUUCUCAAUUAAAGAAAAGAAAAAUGUA